AUGGCUCACGUGAUAUCAACUCCGCCUGCCGUUUCUCAUCUUUGUUCUCUCACCAGUUUCUUAAUCCUUCUGCGCAACGGCCGCAUAUGCCGUAUCAUAAGGCUGGCUCCUCCUCGUGAUGCUCCCCCGCCCUUCUCUCCCCACGCCCGACAUCCCCCUGAAGCUGUCCGUUUGAGUACUCUCGAUCCGGACUUGCGCUCGCAACUUUUGGCCUCAAUCUCCAACUUCCCGGCGGACGCCUACGAAAAAGAAGUGGCUUCCCCAACCGCCGCCGCUGCUAUCGUCCCGCCGUCCCCCGACCCCUCUACUCCCCAGACCCCCAACAGCAAUGAUUCCGGUCACGCAACGGUUCCCUCCGCCUUGCAUCCGCGAGUGGCUGUCAUCUUGGGAGUAGACCGGAAGUGGUACCUCCCUCUCCUGAUCUGUCGGGCACUGAGCACGGUGCCGGCAGCAUGGUGGGGGCUCCGGUGUGCCUUCACCUUCCUGGCUGAAUUACUCCACAUCCAGGCGGGAAUGGGGCAUGAGGGUUGGACGGCGGCGAUUGUCGAUAGUGUCAAUCAAGAGUGGGAUGUUGAAAGAAGAUUCCGGGUGACCGAGGUGGCCCUGGCGAUUAUGUGGUGCUGUGCAUCCGCUUACCUUUCGUAUUUCUUUGCUGAUUGUAUGAUGUCUCGAUGGCUUUUGAAUUAUACCCCGCCGGCUGUUGUUAUUCGUCUCCUUACCACCAACGGAUUGAUUGCUUAUAUCUCUUCAUGGGUCCUCUACCUUUCGGGUGCAUCAUCAGAUCCGCGCCUUCUCCUUCCGGCCUGGAUAUCCAUCACAACCACCCUCACGUUCCUUUACCAUGCCACCCAAAACCGCGCCAUGAUUAAGCGUGAAACAGCCGCAGCUCUACUAGUUGUUUCCGUUGCGAGUUUCGUGAGCAUGUCCUCGCUUCUGCUUCAGUUACAUCUGACUCGAGAAAAUGAACCGGAAGUGCCCGUCUUUGUUAUUACUCGGAAAUUAUGGGACUGGGCUGUUGCGAUAUUUCUUCGCAUGCGGGUGGCGGAUGAUCGAGUUGGAGCGCGCGAGUUGUGAUUGAUGUUCCUGGAAAACGGGUCACUAUAGUGAAUACUGCGCAAGCAAUGAAGAGCUCUUUUUUGCCUACUUUUUCUGAUUUGUUACUCGUGAUAACCGUUACAUGUAUUCCUAUUGGUACUCUGAAGACCCACAAGCAAAUUGCAUAUCGCAUUGCAUACAUCCUAUUCUGAGAAAGACUGUGUUGUGAGGACAAGUUCAGAAACAACAUGUGGAAGACGUAGAGCGUAAGUGCAAACGAGAGAUUAACCUUCGCACACCAGGUAGCCCUCCAUAACAUCCAUCUGGCGACAGACCUCCCGACACGCAUUUCUUCCAAGCCGAGUAACGACAGGGAUGAGGCAAGAAACAAAAGAACAUCUAUGCAUAUAUUUGGGUAUCUACCAACGCCUCGUUCCGUCAUAAUCCCAUUCCGAGUAGAGCAGUCGAGCCAACAAAGGACCCACUCCCAUCAAUCGCGUGCCGCAAUUGUUUGGGAUCAAAUUAGACAGUGCUUAAUAACGACAGAGGUCCCAGGUCCAGUACGCCGAGCACAGAGGGUUGAAUGUAAAAGACAAGAAGCUUAACCGAACCACCUAGAUGCUGCGAUUGCAUAGAGUGCAAUGCAGAGUUAAGA